UUGUUCAUUUCUUCUUCAGGUGCAUCGGCUGUUUAUACAGACAGAGUGUCAGUGUUUGUGAUGGAGGGAGAUUCAGUCACUCUAAACACUGGAGUUAUAACAAACCAACAAGGAAAGAUUAAAUGGUAUUUUAAUAAUACUCGCAUCGCUCAGAUCAAUGGAGAUCUCAGUAAGUCCUGUACAGAUGUUCAGUGUAAUGAAGACACUGAGAGAUUCAGUGGCAGACUGAAGCUGGAUCAUCAGACUGGAUCUCUGACCAUCAUGAACAUCAUAAACACACACUCUGGAGAAUAUAAACUGCAGAUCAUCGGCAGCAACACCAUCAGUGAAACGAUCUUUAGUAUGACUGUGAAUGUUGUUCCUGGUGCAGAAACGAAUAAAACGAAGACCAAGUCAGUGAAGGAGGGAGAAUCUGUUACUAUUGAUCCUGGUGUAAUAAGAAAACCAAGUGAUGUGAUGAUGUGGUAUUUUAAUGACACUCUCAUCGCUGAAAUCACUGGAGAUCAGAGUCAGAUCUGUACAGAUGAUCAGUGUAAAGAGAGAUUCAGAGACAGACUGAAGCUGGAUCAUCAGACUGGAUCUCUGACCAUCACACACAUCACAAACACACACUCUGGACUCUAUAAACUACAGAUGAUCAUCAUCAACAGAACCUUCAGCAUCAGCAGAGUGAAGAGAUUCAGUGUUUCUGUCAUUGAUGUUCCGGGGUCAGGUCUGUCUUCAGGAGCUGUAACAGUAAUAGUUGUUGCUGUUCUGCUGGUGAUUGCGACUGCUGGUGUGGUUUACUAUUGUCACCACAAGAGCCAUGCACCGGUACCACAGAGUGAUGGCUUGUGAAAGCUCACCGUCUGAUCAGAAAAACAUUCUUCUGAGGAAGAAGACGUCCUUGAAUCAGACUCUGCCGAGGCUGCCAGGAAAACAACGUUAUCUAAAGAACUAUAUAAUGUUGAUACUAUGAUUGAAAUGGACACUGAAGAGAAUUAAGACAUGAUGAAGAGAAGCGGCCCAGGUGAAACUCUUCUCUCUAUUGGUGCUGUUACUGGAUCAGUCACUAUAUUACUACUGUUUAUAACAUUAACCUUGGAAGCCUGUUGUGUGAAACUAGUUGAACAAACUCUGCAUUUUCAAAAUACUUGAUUUAUUGUUUGUCUGUGAGAAUGUUACAGCAUAAUUUCUGUGUGUGUAUAUAGAUAUUUACAGGGGUUAAAGUGAAAAAAAAAAUCCAGAGGGACUUAUCUUCAAUGACACUAUUUAUUUUCAAGUAUUACAGCUGUAUGUUUUUAUGAAUGAAAGCCUUCAAAAGGCUUAAAAAAAUACAAAAACAUUUCAUUUAAGUGAACUUAAAACAAUCCUCACUUAAACCCAUAAUAAAUGUCAUUUACCUGUACGAUACAUAAAUUCAAUAAGGUUAUAAAACAGUCCACACUGCAUGCACCUUAAAUGAAAUCUAGAUGAAUCCUUACCAAAGCUACAAGCGUUCUUUAGUCAAGAGCAGUUAGUCAUGUUAACUUUACUGACAGACAGAAUUAAUGGUUCCUGUCACUUUAAGAUCUGCGCUUGCUGACAUGAUUCUCUCACUACUAUUUACUUCCAUUUGAGAUUUUAUUUCGGCUAACUCAUUUAAGACUGUUCUUUUGAGGAUACUCGACAAAACUGACAUUUUGGCAUAAAUGCGCGAAAGAGAACUCGAUACUGGCCCGUCUUAUUGUGCGUCGUGUGUGUGUGUGUUUGUGCGCGCACGUGUGUCAGGAGGACAUUCACUGACAGCGCGUUCUCUUUUGUCUUGUCGCGCAUGAGUGGUUUUAUCAUUUGCGUGAAUAAGAGCAUGAUCAUAACCCGAGCUAAAGGAUGACGGACAGAACAGAUGCUGCGUUAAUUGCAUUGAAUAUUUUAACGUGAAG